AUGCGUACGUGCUUCUUAUUUCUUGCCACAUACAUCUCAGGCUAUUUUGAAUGUCUAAGUUUCUUUUGUCUUGCACCACCUGCAGAGAAGCGAAGAUCGACUUUAGCUCACGAACGGAGGUUAGCUCGAGAACAUUUGAUCGCCAGUUACCAGCCUACAUGGGAGAAGGACGUAUUACCUAAUUGGAAAAAUGAUGCUCAAGGCAAGUCCUUGCGUGAUAUGUGGUGGUUGGGCACCAUGCCACCUCGUCAUCGGGGCCGCCUGUGGCAUCAGUGCAUUGGCAAUGCCGGUGCCGUCGGGAGGUGUGAGUUAGCUUCUAUAUGCUCCUUAUCUGACACCGCAUUUCUCAAAUCCGUCGCCCUCGCCAAGUCACUCAUGAACUCUAAUCCGCCACGGUUUCCAGCCGAAGUGAUCGAAGCCAUUGAUGCCGAUCUUGCCCUCACAUUACCAAAACUAAAGCUCUUUCAAGUCGGACGACCGAUGCAUAAUGACCUGCGGCAAAUUUUACUUGCUUGGGCUGUGUUUUGGCGCGAGCGACCAUUUUACCCCAAAGGAUCUUCCUUUCUCGCCGCCCUAUUUUUGAUCAAUAUGCAACCCCAGGACGCAUUUCUCUCACUCGUCAACAUCUCACGAAAAUCAUGCCUUUCGUAUUUUUACAAUAACAAACAAGCAGAGAUCGAGUCAUUUUAUCGGAUCUUUGACACCCUUCUCGCAGAAGCAAUGCCGAAAGUUUUUCGAAACUUUCAAGAACGUCGGAUCCGACCUUCCCUUUAUCUCAAACCUUGGAUUACCACUGUUUAUAUUGCAUUUCUACCCGUCGAGUUAGCCACUAGGAUAAUGGACGUCUUUGUACUUGAAGGAGACUCUUUUCUUUUCCGAGUUGGUCUUGCGCUACUUCAAACACUUGAAGCCAGGCUUUUCAAUCCUGACGCUGAUGAACUGACAGCAGUCUUCACGGGUGAAGAUAGAGGAGCCAGAUCGAUUGUGAUUAGGAAUACUUUGGCGAUUUAUGGUGAAAGAUCAAGUUCGGAUGUGACACCUGAUGAAGCCUAUGAAGAAAUGGGGUGUGUGGAGGAGACUGUGUUUGGAAAAUUGUUGGCACAGAAUUGGAAUGAAGCACUUUGGGAACGUCUUGUGUCACGAGAAUUACCAGAUUGA